GGUCAUUUUCAUGCCUCGUCUUCUGCCUCAAGUGUGGAAAGCACUUCGUGUGACCAGAGUAAAUGAGCAUCUUUUGUCAUGUCCCCCCGCCAUAGAGCGUACAAACCGUGUCCCACAUCCAAAGGAGUUAUCCAGACCUAAUCUAUCGCUCCCAAGGGAGAAAUCCGUGCUGUUGGAGGAUUCAAACCCUAUACUUCACCCUAAUGCGUUCAAGGGAAGCAAACGACCUAUCACCGAGCUACUCCCUCCGUCUGUCUCGCCACCGAAAGGAAAGGAGAGAGAUAUUCCUGCGAAAUCACUUAGUCAUGAUAUCCAAACACGUCAAUACUGGAAACAGCGAAACAACCCGUACCACUAAAAAUGUUCUCGUAAUAUAUGGUUCGCAGUCCGAAUGCUUGCGUCCCCGUUGCGAAGAUGUAACCUCACCACCAAACGUCUUCCUUCUGAUUUCCUGAUUCGGUUGAGCACAUCUUCUCUCAAGUCUGAAAACGGCGUCGAGCGCGUAUAUCUUCUUCCGGAUGGUCUACUGCAUCCCAAGUAUCGUCCCAGAGUUUCUGGUCAUGGGGGCUAUGUCCUUUGCUGGAAGGAUGCUUUGAAGGAGUUGGCACAUACUCGAGCCUAUAAACGCAUCCAUAGUACUGCUAUAGCGCAUUCUUUAUUGUCAGACCAAGUGGGACAUCAAUUACGAACUCGAGCAAUCCAAGAAUUGGAACUGCUCGUGGAGGGGUUCUCAUAUUUUCGCAGAUUUUGCUUUACUUCCUUACAACUCUGGCCCUCUUUAGUCCACCGGCUCACUCGUUCAGAGUGGCUGAAAUUCCGACGCAAAGGUAUAAUUCCCCUGGAUGACCCGAAUAUCGUCGCCAUCAUUGUUCUUCCUAAAGUCCCUAAACCAAACCCCGAUGAUUCCGGUUUGCCUGACAUGCCAGCAAGCUCGGACACUUUGAUUGCUGAUACUGGUGCAAACAUUACUAACCGACCCAUCGCAUCCCUUCAUCCUCUUCUCCCCUCCGGGUCUGGACACCCAGACUCACAAGGCGCGCCUCGCCUCGUCCCAGUGUACAAUGGUGUAUCUCUAUUUCCAUCUCGAGACCAGCGCCUAGCAUUCCGAAUACUGCUGCAGAAACAAUUUUCUACCGAGAACUCUAUCCGGAGAAUCGAACAAAGUUUCCGGACAGAGCCCGUCGAUUCGGUUCAGCCUCCAAGUCAAACCUCGAAAUUUAGCGAUGCGUUUGUCCUUAGGUCGUCUUCCCUGGACUCGCGAGCGGUGCCGGAUAUUACUUCUUUAGCAGUUGCAUGCUGGCGCAUACGGUUGUGGGAAGGGGAAGGGUGGGGGCGCCACGGCGAAGAGGAACCGAUCAGCCACUGGAUCGAAAACGCCGCAUCACGACACCAAUUGCGGUCAGGAUUACGUCGCGUACGCCAUCCUCAAUGGGGGACUCAGAUCAGCAGAUAGCUUAGCUCCUAAUUUGUAGUGCAUGUAGGCAGAAAAUAUUUGAAUGUUGGUGCAGCG